UCAGUCUGUUGGCAGCCAUGGAUCUUAGUGGGGCCUUCAACACCACCCCUCCCUCCCCCUCUCUAUGGGAACCUCAGGCCCUAGCCAGGAUGGGCAUGGGAGCAGGAGGUCCUCGUAUGAUGGGAUGGAACGUCCCCACAGAAGAACUGGCACAUGUCCCUCAACACUGGCUCAAGUACCAAGCUCCUGAGCCAAUCCAACAUUACGUCCUCGGCUUCCUCUACGUAUUCUUCACUAUCGCCUCCCUUUUCGGAAACGGACUUGUCAUCUGGGUAUUUUGCGGAGCCAAGAACCUGAGGACGCCUUCCAACAUGUUUGUGGUAAACCUGGCUUUGUGCGACUUUGUGAUGAUGCUAAAGACUCCAAUUUUCAUCUACAACUCCUUCAAGUUGGGCUUCGCGCUUGGCCAGUUCGGAUGUCAGGUGUUCGGCAUCAUGGGCUCCCUCUCCGGAAUCGGAGCAUCCGCUACAAACGCAGUCAUCGCCUACGAUAGAUACAGCACAAUAGCCCGACCGCUCGAAGGGAGAAUGUCGAAAGGGAAGGCCUUUUUAUUCAUCCUGAUGAUCUGGGCUUACGUGACACCGUGGGUCUUCCUGCCGGCAUCGCAGACUUGGGGGCGCUACGUACCAGAGGGGUACCUGACAGCUUGCACGUUUGACUACCUAACCAAAACCGACGAGACGAGGUUCUUCGUGCUGGUCUUAUUCUGCGUCUGCUAUGUACUUCCUAUGAGCAUGAUUGUUUUCUUCUACUCCCAGAUAGUCAGUCACGUCGUCAACCACGAAAAAGCUCUUCGAGACCAGGCCAAGAAAAUGAACGUGGAAUCCUUACGAAGCAACCAAAACCAACAGAACCAGUCCGCGGAGGUCAGGAUCGCCAAGGCUGCUAUCACUAUAUGUUUCCUGUUUGUGGCUUCCUGGACUCCUUACGCGGUUCUCGCUCUUAUCGGAGCUUUUGGCAAUCAGGCCCUGUUGACCCCAGGAGUCACGAUGAUUCCUGCCCUCACCUGUAAAGCUGUGGCCUGCAUCGACCCUUAUGUCUAUGCCAUAAGCCAUCCUAGAUACAGGGUUGAGUUGUCCAAACGGCUUCCUUGGUUGCCAAUCAACGAGAAGCCUCCGAGCGACACUGCCUCUACUACAACAACCGAGGCUACAGCCACCACUCCUGCUGAGUAACGUGCAACCGAGGCCACCCACUGAGGCCAACAGAGUAUAAACGCUGCUCUACUAGACAAAUACUACAAUAGGGUCGUUUGAAAGAUUUCUUAACGAUUUAAUUAACAGCUGAAAUGCAUUUAUUGUUACCAUCAACACAGAAACAAACACUAUUAAAUUAAUAUUAAAUUAGGUAGUUGGUUUAAAUCAGCGCAUUACUUUAAAAAGCGUAUUUCCCUUCGACCUGCUAAAAUACAAAACUAAUAAUACUACGUCUAAAGUACAACUCUAAAUGUAUUUUAUGACGUAAUGUUACAUACUUUAUUAAUAAAACACUUUUUUAGUUAUCUUAACGCGUAUUUGUUUGUAUUUUCAAAAUGCCCCACUGUUCUGUCAUUGUAACGAAAAAUAAAAACCUUUACAGAUUAUUUUAUGUUGAAAUGUUAUUUUUAUUUUUACGUAUAUUACAAUAUUUACGUAAUCUUUUUCAAUGCUUUCUUCCAAUAACGGCGAAUUGAAAUGAAAUGUCUUCUAAGUUACCAAAAUUUUAGAUACCUAAUACUUGUGACAGAUCUUUAAAAUAUUAAGUUAUCUAAAAUAAUACACAACAUGAUUAAAGUUAUAGAAUAUUAUCGAUUUAUGCUUUAAUGUUGUCGGUAAUUAACGCCACCAGAUUCUAGUAUAGCAGCGUUGUUCAGGUUUUUGACCAUGUUCACAAAUAAGGCUAACGAUUUAGGAUACGGAACUAACUUUUUUUAUUUUUAUUGCACAUUUAAUUUAUCAAACAUAGUAUGUGAUAUGUUAUAUAUUUAACAUUAGUAUAGAUUAUCUUAUGGAUUUUAUUAUACACAUUACAUUGACAUCAAUGUAACAUUUUAAUUUUGUAUGUCUAUACCAUCCUAUUAUUUUGCAUGUAUAAAUAUGUUGUGUUUUGUUUUACAACAUAUUCCACCUCCUCCAUUAGUUUUCUUUGUAAAUGGAUAUAUUUUUACAGAGAAAUUAAAUUAUUGUUAGUUGAGCAUCCAUAAAAA